AGUCUUAUUACAACAGAAAGUGCUGCACCGAGGAAAUGUGAUGCUCUGUCAUGUCUUGGGUUUGAGAGGAGGACGCUGCGGACCUUGUGCGGGGAAAUCUGAACAACACCAGGCACUCCAAACACUCCUCCCAGGGCAGACAAUAAUGUAGAGAGAAAGGAGCAGUCCCUCUUCGAGAUUUGCAGGAGUUCGCUUUAUUCUGUUUGUCCCGCUGCCCUGGCGAUCGGACCCCGUGGAGAAUUGAGAAAAAAAACAGAAGGAAAAUGUUAAGCACAGUGUUGGACUUAGUGUUGGCAGUGCUGCUGGUGUGUAAAGUGGCGACAUCGCAGUAUUCCAUUAACCAGUGCAGCUGGAAGGGAAGUGGAUUAACUCACAAUGCUCAUUCCAGAGAUAUAGAACAGGUAUAUCUGCGUUGUUCCGAAGGUUCACUGGAAUGGUUGUAUCCUACUGGAGCCUUAAGAGUUAACUUAAGGACUAACAUAGCAACAGCCUCCUACAAAGACUUGACUGUCUGCAUAAAACCUUUCAAAGACUCCAAAGGAGCUAAUAUUUAUUUGGAAAAAGCUGGCAAUUUGAAGCUUCUUGUGAGUGAAGAGGACCAUAUCCCAAACAAGGUGUAUUGCUUUAAUAUGGACCAGGGGACACUCUUUAUUCAGGCUACCCCUCAGAGGGACAUAAGCAGAAAAAUCACUGGCUUCCAGUAUGAAUUAUUUAAAGACAGGACUGCUGCCGAUUUACACAAUUCACCAGCAUCUUGCCGCCCCUGCAAUGAUACAGAACUCCUGAUCGCUGCCUGCACUAGUGAUUUGGUGGUUAGAGGAAGCAUUCGUUUGGUGUCACAUGACCUGCAGCAAGAAGAAUCAAUAAUUGAUAUAUUUGCUGACAAGAUUUACAGACAAAAGAGCAAAACGUUCCAGCCAAUUGGGAAGAGUGGGAAGUGGCUGGGACACAUAAAGACAUUGCUACACUGUGGGGUCAAGGAAGGAGAAGGGGACUUCCUCUUUGUCGGCAGCAUGCACUUUGGUGAGGUCCAGCUAGGCUGUGCACCCCGGUAUAAGGACUUCAAAAGGAUCUACAAAGAUGCAAGAGACAAAGGGGAAAAUCCUUGUGAGUUGUCCACUGAUUGAAGAUGUUCUUUCACAAUUGGUCACCAGGAUCCAGAUAAAGAGAGUGAAGCAAAAAGAACACUAUCCUAUAGUGCACUGCAUUUGAUAUGUGGUACUGAUGGAAUUAAGCAUUAUGCCACUUUAUUAGAGCUCAGUGUUGCUAGGCAACAGUACAAUGUUCAGCUAAACUAAAUUGGACAAAAGGUAAUUCAUUUCUCUUCAGACUGAUCACUGCUAAUCAAGAAUGCCAUGAAAAUAUCAAUACUAAUGAAUUUCAAUGUCUUAAAGAACCUGAAUGUAGCAUAAACUUGUAUAUGUUGUACAGAUGGUCACUGUGAUGACUAGAAGUUGAUGCUUUGUAAUGAAGCUGAUGUACAGUGCAGGUAUUUCUUACCAUAGAAAAUUAUGAAGUCAGAAUGUUUCUGGAAGAAUGUACAGUCCGAGCUAUUGUCAGCCCUUUUUAAUUGGUAAUAAAAUCAUUCCAGAGAAAUUUCUGUCCCUGGAUCAAACACA